GUUCAGCGUGAGCAGCGUGAGGGAGUAUAGACCAGUUCACAGUGCCUCUUUCAGGCAACAGCUUCAAAUGAUAUGGGAAAGAAACAAGUGUGCCCACCUCGUGCCCUCCCUCCAGUGCCAAGCGGAAACCAAGAUGAAAUUCCACUGAGUCGUCCCAAAAAAAGGAAACCCAAAGGAAAGACUCCAUUAGAUGGCAUUGUCCAAGCAGCAGUUCGUCGGCAGUCUGAAAGCAGUGAGCCCCUAACUCCUGAACCUUAUGAUGUCCCUCCUCAGAGGAAACGCAAGAAGAAGAAAGUACCUACUGAUUCCGAGACCUCUUUUACCCAGCAAAAUGUUGCAUCCCUAUUUCAGAAUGGAAAUGGCAUGGAUGUCCCUGAAGCUGAAGAAACAGUGAUCCGCAAACAGAGAAAAAGAACAAAGAAACCUCGGCCAGCUGAAAUGCACUGUUCCAAUGAGCUGGAAGUGGAGGAGGAAGAUAUCGUUGAAGAUGAGCACAGAAAGAGCCCAGAUCAGCAGCCAGUGUUUGCUGCUCCCACUGGAAUUAGCCAGCCUGUUAGCAAAGUGUUUGUUGAAAAAAAUCGGCGUUUUCAGGCAGCCGACCGUGCAGAAUUGAUUAAAACCACUGACAAUAUCAAUGUACUUAUGGAUGUGAAGGCUUCAUGGACUACCAGAGAUGUUGCCCUUUCAGUGCACCGAAGUUUCAGGGUGAUUGGACUCUUUACCCAUGGCUUCCUUGCUGGGUAUGCUGUGUGGAACGUCAUUGUUAUCUACGUUUUGGCAGGAAAUCAGCUUUCCACGGUUUCUAACCUGCUUGAGCAGUAUAAGACGCUAGCAUACCCCGCUCAAAGUUUGUUCUAUUUGUUGCUGUCUAUCAGUACAGUCUCAGCCUUUGACAGGAUUGAUUUGGCAAAAGCGUCGGUUGCACUGAGGGGCUUUCUUACCCUAGACCCAGCAGCAGUAGCCUCUUUCUUGUACUUUGCUGCUCUUAUCUUAUCCUUAAGCCAGCAGAUGACAUGUGACAGAAUUAACCUCUACACACCACCUUCAGAAAAUGGCAGCAUCUGGACGGCAGGUACUGAGGAAGAAAUUGUUCAGCCAUGGGUUGUGGUGAAUCUGGUAGUGUCUAUUCUAGUUGGGACAAGUUGGAUCUUCUUGUCUUACCGACCAGAGCUAGACCACAGUGAAGAACUGAUGUUUCAUGCUGAAGUAGAGGAAUUUCCCCAGGGAGAUAUCAUACCCAGAGUCCAGCCAUAGUGUGCAACAAGCAUCUGCAAAUAUUGUAGCUGUGACUGAUCGCUCAACAUGUUGUGUAUUAUAGCCAUGUAUUAUAACUUUCAUAAAGAAAAAAAUGUAUUUUUAUAUUGUAUAUAUUUGAUUUUGAUCUUUUUAUGUAUGCCACAAUUUCCAAAUGUGAUUGAAAACUUUUAUACUUUUGCUUUUAUUUUAUGAAGUAGAUUAUCUCUAGUGCAUAAAGUCAAGGUGAUUUUGUAAAUAUUGCUACCUGUAUAGCCACAGAAACUAGGUGCAUGCAGAAGAUCAGCUAUUCAGUGCUUUUUUGACUGCUGUACAGUCUUUGAACAACCUGCUUUUGUUACUAAUGGUGAUACAGGGAAAUAACUAUUUGCCUUUUGACCACUUAAAUAUUGUUUAAUAAUUCUGUUGGCCUUGUUUGUUCUUUCAAGGCUCGCUUGCCAGGGUCUGGCGCCUGUGGCGUCUGUCAAGGGUUAAGGUUAUCAGGGACUGGUAUUCCUCAAGGACUGACAUGCCAAACAAAGGCAGUGAUAACAGGAACUGCAAUGUAGUCUUACCACAGAACUUGUUAGGACUUGCUAAAAACCGCUGAAAUCACCAAGUAAGAAGAGAGCAUGCGUAAAUGACUGAAGUUCAUUUAGAGGACAGAAGAAGAAGAGGAAGAUAAGACCCAUGAAGACGUAAACGACCACCAGAGACAGAUCUGAGCCUGCGCAAGAUGACAUAAACAUCUUAGAACUGCUGACACAAGUUUUUGAACUAACCCCGCCCCAACUUACACAUAUGUAUAUUUUGUAUUGUGUAACACUAUGAAUAUGUAUGCUUUGGUGUAAUAAAUAUCUGGCUGCUUGCUGAGACGGUGUGCAAGCUUUGAGGAGAAAUCCCCUUGUACCUGACACCGAAAUAAACAUACCUUCUUUAUAACUCA